AUGAUUGUGAGGUGGCUAGGGGCUCGAUACCUUCUACAUAGAGCAUUGCCUAGUCAAUUGCAUGUUACGAGUGUACGACCCUUAUCAACAAGCUUGUUCAGACCAUCAGAAGCUCAAGACUCCCAAGGUUACCAAAAUUCUAAGUCCAAGCAAGCGCAAAUCAAUCAGACAUCAGAGAUUGACUCGACCGAAGAAAACAAGCGCCACACGCUCCCACCCAAGGCUAAAACCGUAUCCCAAGCGGACGACGACCUUCGCGAACGGCUGGAACAAAUGUCUGGGGAAGGCGGAGCCUUUGGAAUUGAAUACGAAGACGGCAGACCGAAUGCAAUGAAGCGCGGCGUGCGGAACAACAUGUUCCGAUUAAUCUGA